AUUACGUUUUUCUCUUUCCUCCACGGAUUAAGCUACCAAAUUAGCGAUGUCAGGUGUCGAGGAAAUUACAAAUGAAUCUGUAGAAGUGAAAGGAGGUAAAGAGUUUGAUGUCGAGGCUGACGACAACCUCGGCGAUGAUUACUUCCUCGACCCGACUCGAUAUAUAUUUUACAGAGACCGAAAGGAGUGGGCUGAUCUGGAGCCUGUUCCUCAGGACGAUGGACCAAAUCCUGUUGUGAAGAUCGCCUACUCUGACAAGUUCUCGGACGUGUAUGACUAUUUCCGUGCACUCCUGAAGAAUGAUGAAAGGAGCGAUCGGGCUUUCGCCUUGACGGCAGAAGCCAUUGAGCUAAAUGCUGCUAAUUACACAGUUUGGCACUACAGGCGAGUAUUGCUGCAAGCCCUGUCAAAGGACCUGAGGGAGGAGAUGAGGUACAUUACUGCCAUCAUCGAGGAGCAACCCAAAAACUAUCAAGUCUGGCAUCACAGACGUAUGGUGGUAGAGUGGUUGAAUGACCCUUCGGAGGAAUUGGAGUUCAUUGCAGACAUUCUCAGCCAAGAUGCAAAGAACUACCACGCCUGGCAGCAGAGACAGUGGGUCAUCCAGGAGUACAAACUGUGGGACAACGAGCUGGAGUUUGUGGAGAGUCUUCUGGAAGAAGACGUGAGGAAUAACUCUGCAUGGAACCAGAGGCAUUUUGUAAUUUCUCACAUUACAGGCUUCUCUGAUCCAGCCAUAGUGGAGAGAGAGAUUCAGUAUUGUCUGAUCCAAAUCAAGAAGGCUCCCCACAACGAAAGUGCGUGGAACUAUUUGAAAGGGAUGCUUCAAGACCAAGGUCUGUCGUCUCCGCCAGGCCUGCUGGAGCGGGUCCUUGAGCUGAAGGAGACGCACUGUUCACCGUAUCUUCUUGCAUUUCUGUUUGAUUGCUACGAGGACGUCUUGGAGAACAGCAACAAAAAAGAAAACAUGUCGGAAGGGGACCGAAGGGAAACUUUAGGAAAGGCUCUAGAAAUUUGUCAACUAUUGGCUCAGGAGAAGGACACCAUCCGUAAGGAGUACUGGCGGUUUUUAGGACGUUCUUUGAAGAACAAAUGCAGUGGCCCCUCUGAGCCCAUGGCGGAUGAUCCUGAACCAUCGGGCCCAGCAUCCGGGCCGCAGGAGAUAAAUUAGACCACCAAGAGGCUCGCACCAUUUCCACUCCAACCCGGCUCCGUCGGUACCGUCAGCAGAACCCCGCCCAUGCAGUGUAAUAUUAUGGAUAAAUGCUAUUCUGAGAGUUUCUUAAAAUGACCACUAACAUGAGAUCGCCUAGGGGAUGGGGAUUCAGGUGAAAUGACACCGAUGCUCACUUUGAACUACGAAGGAAGGGGAGUGGAUUAUUUGGUCACCUUUUUUCCAUGAAGAAAAACUAGGAAUAUACUAAACAAUUAAACUGUGGAUUUUGAAAUAAUUUAGUUUGUUUAUCUUCAUCUUUACAUUAAUGAAAGUGUCUGUUCCCACAUGGUUUGAGUCUGAAUACAUCUGUCUUUUUGUUUUGAGCCUAUAAAUCUUUGUUUGACAGCAGGCCCCAUAGAGCCCACUGAUAAACUCCCUGUUGGGGCUUUUCAUGAACACUGAAUUUAAUUUCAUGUCUGAUUGAUGGUAGAUACACAUCUUAUGUGUAUAUCCAUUUAGAGAAAGAAAAACAUUAACAUGCUGUAUUAUGGGUUGGAUUGGUCUUAACUCUCACAUUUUCCAAAUAGAUAUUUUUGAAUGGACACUCAUUGGUGACCUAACUCCAAUUAUGACACCUCAGAGCGUAGCGUGCAUGUAAAAGCAGACCUCAUAGAGUCAUGGAGCCUGUUUGGUGGUGUAGGUUAUAGCGUAUGCAUUGUACACGUGUAAUGGAAGGCGGCAGAAAGCAUCCUGAAGCAUAAAAAUAAAAUGUUCUUGUAA